AUGGCCUUGGACAAGAUGCCCGACCAGCUAGACGUUGAAACGUCCACCACCAGACUCUCCCUCUCACAGAGCGAAAAGGGAGACGAAAGCCAGCGAGAGCAACAACAGGCCCCUGAGCCACCUCACCCGCGAAGCCAUAUCCCAGACUGGAAGUGGAAAGGGACUCUGGUGCUCGUCUUCCUCGCCUGCAUCUUGAACGGCACCAAUGUCGCCAACAUCCAACCGCGGCUGUACGAGGCCUUUGGGGACAUCGACCUCCUCCCCUGGAUCGGCCUCUCGUACGGGCUGGCCAACUUCUGCGUCGUGACGCUUGCUCGCAAGCUGACGUUUGCCUUUGACAUGCGCACCGUCUUUCUCGCGAACAUGGUAGUCUUCAUUGCCGGCUCAGCCAUCGCGGGUGCUGCUCAGUCCAUGGCCAUGGUUAUCGUUGGCCGCAUCAUCAUGGGCGUUGGAGGCUCCAUUGUCCAACAGACCUCUUAUUCUUACUAUGCCGUCCUAGCAACACCGGCCGAGAUGACUGGUCUGUAUGGCCUCACCGGCGGCGCUUGGGCUAUUGGCCUCGUCACCGGAGGUCCCAUCGGCAGUGCCUUUGCAGAGAACGAAACCACGACAUGGAGAUGGGCCUUUUACAUCAAUCUCCCAUUCAUGGGCCUUGCCUUAAUAAUGUCGUUUUUCUUCCUCCCGAGCCACUCUCUUGCCCCUGACAUCCCCGUCUGGCAACGCCUCCAGAAGAUCGACCCUCUGGGCAUCUUGCUCCACGUGGGGUCUGGCGUGCUCUUUGCCAUCGCCGUUACAUUCUCCGGCGCCGUCUGGGACUGGGGCUCCGGAUCUGCUAUCGCUGUGUGGGUCGUCUUCGGUGUCGUCUUCAUCUCAUGGGGUGUUCAGCAGCGCUUUUGCAUCUUCACCACGCCAGACGAGAGGGCGUUUCCUGUCCAUAUGCUGUCACGACGCGAUCUCAUUCCUCUGUGGGUGGCGUCGUGUUGCGCGACCGCCUCAUACGCCAUCACUCUCUACUAUACGCCUCUAUUCUUCGCCUUCGCUCGCGGUCUCGGCGCGAUAGAGCAGACGGUCCGCCUCUUGCCCUUCAUUCUACUAUUCAUCGUCUUCGUCUCACUCACUGGUCGCUUGUUGCCCAAGAUCGGCUAUUAUAACUCCAUCUACCUCGUUGGUGGAGGCAUCACUCUGGCCGCCGGCGCUGCUAUGACCAGCAUCCUCGAUGUCGACGUCCCUCAAUCUCAGAUUCUGGCUCUCGAGGCCCUUAUUGGCAUCGGCGUCGGCAUGACAUUCCAACAUGGCAUCGCCAUCUCCAACGUCAUCAACAAGGACCAGCGGGACCGUGUUGAUAGCCUUACCAUCUGCAACAUGGCUCAGAUGGGCGGUAUCUCUCUGAUCCUCGCUGUCGCCGGCGGCAUCUUCCACAACGUCGGCCACACUCUCCUCGUCGAAGCCCUCGGCGACGAUGCUGGUCGCUACACUGACAACGACAUCCGCGAGGCGCUGGCUGGCGUGUCGUCCAAAAUAUGGCAGUCGGAGAGUCCUGAUGUGCUGCGCAGUGGCAUUGAGGCCGUGGCCGAGGUCAUUGGCAGGGAGUUUUAUAUCGUGGUAGCGUUUGGCUCCCUGUGCGUGAUCAGUGGGCUGUUGAUGAGACGGGAAAGACUGGACUUUGGGUCAAAACUGAAAGAGGAAGAAACAACAACAGUUUAA